AUGGCCGACCGUGACAUCCUCCCCGACCUCGUCAAGCCAGCCCACUACCAUGUCUCCCUCAAGGACCUCGAGUUCACAGAGUGGACCUACAAGGGCACCGUCGUAAUCGACGCCGAAAUCGUCAAGCCCACCAAGCAAGUCGUCCUCAACACCCUCCACAUCAAGCUGCUCCGGACAAAGGUCACCCUCGACCAGGCCAAGUCUUCCGAGACGUUCGAGUCGACCAGCUUCAGCUACGACGAGAAGACGCAGCGCGCCACCAUUGCCUUUGACCGCGAGAUCCCCGCGGCCAAGCGGGCAUCCGUCGCCAUCGACUUCGAGGGCAUCAUGAACAACGAAAUGGCCGGCUUCUACCGCUCCAAGUACAAGCCCACCGGGACCCCCGCAAAGUCGGUCCCGCGCGACGACGAGUGGCACUACAUGUUCAGCACCCAGUUCGAGUCCUGCGACGCCCGCCGCGCCUUCCCCUGCUUCGACGAGCCCAACCUCAAGGCCACCUUUGACUUUGACAUCGAGGUGCCCACCGACCAGGUCGCCCUCAGCAACAUGCCCGUCAAGGCCAAGAAGCCCACCAAGGACGGAUGGAACGUCGUCUCCUUCGAAACAACGCCCGUCAUGAGCACCUACCUGCUGGCCUGGGCCGUCGGCGACUUUGAAUACGUCGAGGCCCACACGGAGCGCCGCUACAACGGCAAGCAGCUGCCCGUCCGCGUCUACACCACCCGCGGCCUCAAGGAACAGGGGCGCCUGGCCCUCUGGCACGCGCCCAAGAUCAUCGACUACUUCUCCGAGAUCUUCGACAUCGACUACCCGCUCCCCAAGGCGGACCUGCUUGCCGUCCACGAGUUCACCCACGGCGCCAUGGAGAACUGGGGCCUCGUCACCUACCGCACCACGCAGGUCCUCUUCGACGAGAAGACGUCCGACGCCCGCUUCCGCAACGCCGUCGCCUACGUUGUCGCUCACGAGCUCGGACAUCACUGGUUUGGCAACUAUGUGACCAUGGACUGGUGGGACGAGCUUUGGCUGAACGAGGGCUUUGCAACGUAUGUCGGCUGGCUCGCCAUCGACCACCUGCACCCCGAGUGGCAGGUGUGGGCGCAGUUUGUCAACGAGGGCAUGGAGGCGGCGUUCCGGCUCGACGGCAUCCGCGCCAGCCACCCCAUCCACGUGCCCGUGCGCGACGCGCUCGACGUCAACCAGAUCUUCGACUCCAUCAGCUACCUCAAGGGCUGCUCGGCCAUCCGCAUGCUGGCCAACCACCUCGGCGUCAAGACGUUCCUCAAGGGCGUAUCCAACUACCUCAAGGCGCACGCCUACGGCAACGCCACGACGCAGGCCCUGUGGGACGCGCUCAGCCAGGCCUCGGGCCAGGACGUCAACGCCCUCAUGGGCCCCUGGAUCUCGUGCGUCGGCCAUCCCGUGCUGACCGUGGCCGAGGAACCCGGGCAGAUCUCCAUCAAGCAGUCGCGCUUCCUGUCGACGGGCGACGUCCAGGCCGACGACGACACCGCCGUCUGGUGGGUGCCGCUCGGCCUCGACGGCAAGAAGGGCCAGGUGGGUGCUGUCGCCGACCUGUCCCUGACGACCAAGACGGCGACGAUCCGCGACAUAGACGACGACUUUUACAAGCUCAACAGCGGAGCCAUCGGCUUCUACCGCGUCAACUACCCCCCGGCGCGGCUGGCCAAGCUGAGUGCCCAGCUGGACAGGCUCGGCACCGAGGACAAGAUCGCCAUCAUCGGCUCCACCGCCGACCUCGCCUUCUCGGGCAACGGGACGACGGCGGCGCUCCUCACCUUCCUCGAGGGCUUUGGCAAGGAGCAGCACCCGCUGGUCUGGACCCAGGUGCUCGACUCCAUGUCGUCGGUCAAGUCGGUCUUUGCUGAGGACACAGAGUUGAAGAAGGGCCUGGAUCGGUUCGCCCUCAAGCUCAUCAGCGAAAAGGUCAAGGAGGUGGGGUGGAACUUUGCCGACGACGAGGGCUACCUCACGGGGCUCUUGCGCAAGCAGCUCAUUGGCGUCGCCGUCGCCAGCGGCCAUACCGAAGCUGCUGACGAAGCCCUCAAGCGCUUCAACGCUUGGGCCAAGGACCCCGAAGGCAGCCCGAUCCACCCGUCGCUGCGGGCACCGGUGUGGCGGGCGGCGGUGCGCAAGGACGGGGCCCGGGCCGUCGACAUAGUCAAGAAGGAGUGGUUCAACACCAAGUCGAUUGACGGGAAGCUCCUCUGCCUGCAGGCGCUCUCGGCCACGGAGGACAAGGAAAUUCUGGGCAAGUCCAUCAUCCCCUUCAACUUCAACACGUCGCCGCCGAGCGAUUCGGUGCCGGCGGCCGACAUGCACGUGCUGGGCAUCGGGCUGGCCAACAACCCCGCGGGGCGGACGCUGCUGUGGGAGUACAUGAAGAAGAACUGGGAGACGUGCCGAGCCAAGCUGGGCAACCCGAUUGUCAUGGACCAAUUCGUGCGGGUGAUGCUGGGCGGGUUCACGGACGCGGGGGCCAUUGAGGACAUUGACCAGUUCUUCCAGGACAAGGACACGAGCAGCUUCAACCGGACCCUGGGCACGGUCAAGGACAAGAUCAGGGGCCGGGCGGCUUACAAGAAGCGGGACUCUGCGGCGCUCAAGGAGUGGCUGAAGGCCAACGGCUAUUUGUGA